AUGGUGAACAUCUCUCUGCAAAUGCUGUCUGGGCUCAGUGUCCAGGAGCUUCCCAGCAUGUACCAGCGCUCAGGGCUAGACUACCAGGAGCGAGCGUUGCUGUCCAUUGUCAAUGAAAUGCUCAAGAGUGUGGUGGCCAAGUUCAAUGCCUCACAGCUGAUCACCCAACGUGCCCAGGUAUCCCUGUUGAUCCUAUGGGAGCUGACCGAGAGGGCCAAGGACUUCAGCCUUAUCCUGGAUGAUGUAGCCAUCACCGAGCUAGGCUUUAGCCGAGAGUACACAGCUGUUGUAGAAGCCAAACACGUGGCCCAGCAGGAGGCCCGGUGGGCCCAGUUCUUUGUAGAAAAAGCAAAGCAAGAACAGCAGCAGAAGAUCGUGCAGGCCGAGGGAGAGGCUGAGGCCGCCAAAAUGCUUGGAGAAGCACUGAGCAAGAACACUGGCUACAUCGAUCUUCUUAAGAUCCAGACAGCCCAGAACAUCUCCAAGACGAUCGCCACAUCACAGAAUCACACCUAUCUCACUGCUGACAAGGUCAUGCUGAACUCACAGGAUGAAAGUUUCACCUGGGGAGGUGACAGCCUCAUCAAGGGUAAGAAAUGA